AUGGUAAGAUCAUCUCUCCUUCGCCCUAAGGUAAAGCUAUUCGUCGGCAGAUUCACUCAAUUUUCGUUGUUCACGAAGUGUUAUCGGACAUAUCGUGAGAGCUGCAGCGGAUUGUUGCUGGGAUGCGGUAAUGUGUUUCCGUACGAACAAGAUGCUAGAGUUAGAGUUGAAGACGAAUAUCUACGAAGGCUAUUUUCACGGGUAUGCGAUGCACUCUUCGCAGAAAUCAUCUUUCCGAUGGCUCAUCUACGCUUAACCGAUUCGACUUAUGUGCUUAUGAAGGCGAACAUCUUUCUUUUCGAAGGCUUCACCUAUAGCAGCAUGUCCCCGGAAGCGAGGUCUAUUAUGGCACAAGAGAAGAACAAGCAUCGGGCGGCUCUUCUAGCUUACCUCAAUUCAAAAAAGGAUGCGUUUGAUGACAAAUUAAAUCAGAUUGUUCAGAUACAGCAUAUUAUGACCAGUAUCGAGGCAAUCUCAAACUUUAUGGAUAAAGAAAUUCAAUUUUUGGGAGUAUUUGGGAUUCUAGAAAUGGAUCGAGUGCUGAUAAAAGAAUGUCAUGUGGAUAAAUAUAAAUUCGAAUUUGCGUUUCUAUAA